GGCAGUCUGACGACAGUCUCCGAGCGCGACGCCGCUUUCACAGCUCGCAGACUAUCACAAGUGCAUAUGACAAUACAAGUUUUAUAUUUCACAUCACGUGCUAUACUAGCGCCAUCUUAAACUCAAAUUUAAAAUUUUUCCCAGUGACAUUUAUUAUCGUUUCCGCCAAAACUUAUAAAAAAAAUUGUGCUGAAUUGAAAUGAUUUGUGACGGCAGAUAAGUGUUUGUCGAAUAUAUUGGGUGGCGGCGGUACGUCUACGUCAUGAUUUUAGAUUUGAACCGUGUUCAUCGACGCAUGGGAUACACACAAUGAAGAUAGAUUCACAGUUCACAAAAGUUAUAUCACGAGGAAUAAGCAAGACUGUAGGAGAUCAAGCUACAGAAUGCCACCUAAGCCUCGGAACGGUUUGUUAGGUGCUCUUCAAAGACUCGCUCGACCUCUCCUGUGACUAGCCCGACUUCGAUUACAAGGCACGGGCGGCGGAUUAGGCGUGGGGCGCGGCGCGUGGCGGCGGCGCGGGCGCGGGCGGCGCCAUGACGCGGCGCCCCCCACGAUGACGCUGCCGCCGCCCGCGCGCCCCUCGCACUACCCCACCGCGAAUCGCGCAAUGCGCUAUUACCGUAUCUGGAUCUACGCGUGCAACGGGGCACUGCUGCUUGGGGCGCUGGCCUUUUGCGCAGCAGCGGGCCGCGCACUCGCAGACUACCGCCGGGCUCUCGUUCCCGGUCUCGGCGCGGCACAACCCGGCUUCCUUUACGGUUACGCGGCUUUACCGGCUCAGGCCGGUCUCCUGCAACUUUUGGGUUGCUUAGCUGCAUUGCGUCUCUCUGAACGCAUGCUGAACGCUUACUGGCUCGCCCUUCUUGCGCUUUUAGUCGGUGACGCCGCAAUAGGUGUUUACUGGGCUUUCAGAUUUGAGCGUGUAUGUCGGGAAUUGAGGCCGCAGCUUCGAAUACGUCUGGCGAGAGAUUACGAUCUUGACGUAGAUUUUGCGGAGGCUUGGGAUCGUCUCCAAAGAGAACAGCGUUGUUGUGGGGUAACAGGUCCAUCUGAUUUCACUGCAUUUAAUAGAACUACUUUGCCGCCCAGCUGCUGUCGAAUACCAGCGCAUCCUUUAGCUGUAACACCGACAUCAAUAGCUGCCAUAUCUGCUACCACAACCUUGCCAUAUACACCCGUUCACUGCGUGCCACAUACAGCUGCUUGUGCUGAAAGAUUACUAUCCUGGCUUCGGAGAACGGCGGAUGCGUUAUUUGUUUUAGGAUAUUGUGUCAUAGCAUUUCUUAAGUUGUGCUUCCUUGGAAUAUUAAGGUACGAAAUAAAAGAAAUGAUACAAAAAAUUAGAAUUUUACGAAGCGAGCUCGGUGCAGGCGAGCUACUUGAUGGUAGUCCGAUGCAUGGUGGUCCUUUAUCGCAAACUGUGGUAGUGAACGCUGUGAACGCUAACGGGGGCGUGCGCACUCAUGGUGGCAGUCCAGAAAGAGCUGGAGAGAGAGAGGCUCUUCUAGGUCGAGCUGCGGAACCCUGUUCACGACGUAGCUUACACGACGAACCCCUAGGUCCAAAGACAGUAAACGGAAACAACAAUUGCGAGAUGCGUGAACUAGCUCGAGGUGAAUACCGACCCCUGGCAGCAGAUAACGCGGCAACCAGAAUCUGACUAAGAUGUUACUUGGAGCGGCUGUUCGGGCGGCGAUGGAGGUCGUUCCCGGCAGACGGCUUCGAGGUAGAGCCCCCGCUGGCGCGUGGCGUGCCAGUGUGCAUGCGACGGACGGGGGCACGCGUGCGUCUCGACCACCGUCGCCACACACGCUCCGAAUUCGAACUCUAAGUAGUGACAACCACAAUUAUGACAUAGUAAAGCAGCUGUCAAUUUAAUGCACGGAUUUAGUGAGCCAUAGUUUACGUUUGUGCGAGUAGUUGAACCCAAACUAUUUAGUGAUUGAAAGUUUUGUGUUUUAACAUUAGACGAAGUGAGUUUCAUAAACUAUUGUUAAGUGGCAACGAGAAAUUUAGAUGAGAUAAAUCGAUUCCACGAGCAAAGCUUGUGUUUAGUUCCUAUGCUUGGCAGAUUGAAGUUUCUUUGAUUUUAUAACAUAUUAAAGUUGUUUUUAUGGUACUUUACGUAAAAAGAGUAGAUGAGUGAUAGCGACAAAUAGACUUGCAGCCACAGCAAGAUGGUGAGUGCCUAUGGAUUGUUUCGUUAGACUCUGAAAGUAUUUGACGGCGUAUGUUAAAUCAUUGGUACCAAGAUAUAUAAAUCAUUAAAAUAUUGAUUAUAUUAUUUUUAGGCAUAAGUCGAAAGCUUUUUAUUGUGUACCAAUAGCUUUAGAAUUCUGUAUGUUACGUAAGAUUCAGAUAAUAUCUUUUAACAAUUGACUUUUAAUAUUUAUUAGAUCAGUUUGGUGUUUCAACUUGAUCACUCGUCGGUCUUUCAAUCGAUCUUGAAAAAAAUGUUAUAUCUUUAUAUUAAGAAUAUGUACGGCGUAAUUCAAUCAUGAAUCAAUAUAGGUUGAACGGACGAACGAAAGAUCGCAAGAAAAAGAUUUAAUCUCAUCAUCUGUUAUUUGAUUGUAAAUAUUAGAUUCUGUGUGUCUACAUCUAGUAUGCGUGAUGUGCAUGGACAGAUUGACAAAAUAGUACUGAUAUGAGCUUAAACGACGUAGUGCCUAAGAGUAAAAGCUUAUAAACAGUAAAAAUUUAAUAAUUGUUAUACAUUUCUUUUAAGUAUCGUUGUGAGCUGAGUUAUAUAAAGUACCAUCAACCUUUUAAUUUGUUUCAUUCUCAAAUCGAUUCAUGGGAGCAUUUACAUAUUAAAUGGCUGUGUAAGUAGGUGUAACCUAUCCCUUAUUAUAAAGUAAUGAAAAUUUGAAACGCCCUCAUGUUUUAUAUACGGUCUCUUCUUAGAGUCGACCUCAUUGUAGAGGCGGGAAUUAAUUAAGUUACUUUUGUUUUUUUGGGGCAUCGAUAUUUUUAUAUUUUGUUUUAUUUUAUGAUAAUUGUAUUCGCUAUGCAGUGCUGUGAGAUAGAGAGAGAGAGUUUAAAUAGAGUGGCUAAUACUUAUACUCGGAUAGAAAGAACUAGCAUGACGUAGUUAAUAUGUUUAACGUUAAAAAUUAGAAUUUUUAAAAAGAACCAAAGUAAACAGUACGUAGAUAAGUAAUAAUAUUCAGUAUCGGUGAUCUACACCUAUGUGAAUGUCCAUGACUAGUUCUUUCAACUGAAGCCGUGUGUGUCAUACAUUUCAAAAAUUACACAUUUAUCCUAAUACGAUGUAACUUUUUAGAGAUAUUAUAAUUAAUAAUAAUAUUACGUUCGCUUAGAGUAGGUAUAAUAUUUUGUGAAUUUAUGCAGAAAAAUAGUUUUUUAAUAUUGUUGUCACUGAAUGUACCAAUCUUAUUAAAAAUUUGUACCUAUAUUCGGAAAGUUGAAUAAUUUGUAGCUAGGAUUGAAUCUAAAUCCUGCAUUUCUUCCAAAUGUUAAAAUUACAUGUGCCUUGCCUUAUAAAUUUGUAUAACAGACAUUUUGGAUGUAAAGGAAUUAAUUAUUGUAGCCACUUUUCUUGUUUUUUUCAAAACCUGCAACUUCUCCGACGUACUGCCUAAAUCUUCCCUCAAUCUUAUCAAAAUCAGCUUUCAUUUCCCCUUCCAUGUUAUUGUACUUUCGAUAACGAGUAUGCUUUUUAAGAUGUUUAUGAUGUUAUUAAUAAAAUGUUUAUGGAUCAAAUAAAUUGUAACCCAUUUGUCUUCUUUACUUAAGAUCAUUUCUACACAAUUGGUAAUUUAAUAUGAUGAAUUAAUCCUAAUAUUUUUGUCUAAAAUUAUAUUGAUAUUGAAUUAUAUCGAUGUCUGUAAGGUACUUUUAUUGCUGACUGCACUCCUAUAAUUUAUGAAUUCUCUAAAGUCAGUUUUAAUUGUUAAGUAAUGUGUGUUCUAUGGGAUAUUAAAAGUAGUUACGGUACAACUUUCCGAAGGUACGCACUAGGCGACUGAGAGCUAAUAUUAUCAUUAUAAAUGCAUUAAAUAAAAUCUUUGUUAAAC